AGCGCAUAUAAAUAUUAGGUCUACCCGAAGCGUCUCAUUAAGUCUCGAGAAAUUUCAUUUACUUUUUUGCGUCAUGCGCUUUACCUCGGCCAUCUUUGCAGUCGUGCUCAUAACGUGCACGUGUCAGUCACAAGGAAACAUCAACGUCACAGCUCCAACAAGCAAUGGGAAUGUGGCAAAUUCAACCGAGCCCAGCACCGAAGGAACCACCAAAAGCACCGCUGCAACAAACCAUGAGCAAGCGCCAACAGCAGCUGAGUCUCAUUCCGGUUCCACCAAAAGCGCAAAUUCUGCAAACAAUGAGCAGGCGCAAAUAGCAGCUGAGUCUGAUUCCGAUUUCUCAGUGAGAAAGGGUAAACCGUACACGCUAGUGACAGUGGCAUCAAGUGCAAUGUCCGUAUUUGGAGCUCACUGUUUUUAAAGAAGCAAGCGCAUAAAUAUCUGACAUAGUAUGCUGAAAUAACCCAAUUCCUACCUGAUUUGGCCUUUAAUGACAAUUGUAACGUUGACAACAUAUAGAAAGCAAAUGGAUUAAUGUUUGCUUUUAACAAAUGUUUCAAUAUAACCGCCCUAUACAUUUUUU